AUGGUCCACCUUGCCGCGGUCAAGCGCGACAGCGAAAAUGUCGAACCUCUCGUUAAACGCGUUGAUUCUAUCAAGCUCGAAACCACCGAGGAUGACGGUUUCUACUCCACUGUGUACGGUACUCGGUUUGCGGCGGAGCAGCUGCCCCAGACUGAGAUGCCCGAGAAGGAGAUGCCCCGUGAGGUCGCUUACCGUAUGAUCAAGGACGAGCUUAGUUUGGAUGGAAAUCCUAUGCUCAAUUUGGCUAGUUUUGUCACGACGUACAUGGAAGAUGAAGCCGAGAAACUCAUGACCGACUCUUUCAGCAAGAAUUUUAUCGAUUACGAAGAAUACCCCCAGUCCGCCGAGAUCCAGAACCGGUGUGUCAACAUGAUCGCUCGGCUGUUCAAUGCCCCCAUCGACAGCGAGGACGAGCACCCCGUCGGGACCUCGACCAUUGGCUCUUCCGAGGCCAUCAUGCUGGGCACGCUGGCCAUGAAGAGACGGUGGCAGAACAAGCGCAAGGCCGAGGGCAAAGACCACACCCGCCCUAACAUCAUUAUGAACAGCGCCGUGCAGGUCUGCUGGGAGAAAGCCGCGCGGUACUUUGACGUGGAGGAGCGCUACGUCUACUGUACCGAGGAGCGCUACGUUAUUGAUCCCAAGCAGGCCGUUGAUCUGAUCGACGAGAACACCAUCGGCAUCUGCGCCAUCCUGGGAACCACGUACACGGGCGAGUACGAAGACGUCAAGGCGAUCAACGAUCUCCUGGUCGAGCGCGGCCUGGACAUCCCUAUCCACGUGGACGCCGCCAGCGGUGGCUUUGUCGUCCCAUUUAUCCACCCCAACCUGUUGUGGGACUUUCGCCUGGAGAAGGUCGUGUCAAUCAACGUGUCCGGCCACAAGUACGGCCUUGUCUACCCCGGCGUGGGCUGGGUCGUCUGGCGAUCGCCCGAAUACCUGCCCAAGGAGCUGAUCUUCAACAUCAACUACCUCGGCGCCGAGCAGGCCAGUUUCACCCUCAACUUCUCCAAGGGUGCCUCUCAGGUCAUCGGCCAGUAUUACCAGAUGAUCCGACUGGGCAAGCGCGGCUACCGCUCGAUCAUGGUCAACAUCACGCGCAUCGCCGACUACCUGGCGCAGCAGCUGGAGCAGCUGGGCUUCAUCAUCAUGAGCCAGCGGCGCGGCCGCGGACUGCCGCUCGUGGCGUUCCGCCUGCCCCCGGACCGCGACGAGCAGUUCGACGAGUUCGCCCUGGCGCAUCAGCUGCGCGAGCGGGGGUGGAUCGUGCCCGCGUACACGAUGGCGCCGCACAGCAACGAGCUGAAGCUGAUGCGGGUGGUUGUUCGCGAGGACUUCAGCAUGAACCGGUGCGACGCUCUGCUGGCGGAUAUCAAGCUGGCGCUGAAGACCUUGAGCGAUAUGGACAAGGCCAUGCUGGAGAAGUAUACUUUGCAUGUGCAAAACCAUGCAGUUAACUCGCACAAGUCCAAGCAUAACCAUUCGCACUACAAGAACGAGAAGCAUUCCUUGCAGGGCAAGACCGGGAAGACGCACGGAGUCUGCUAG